AUGGCGGCUCCGGCACCGGCAGGGGCACAGGCACCGGCACAACAAGCAGAAGAUGAUGACGACAAUGUAACAUUCAACGUCGAAGAAAUACAAAAAAUCGUGAGGGACAAUGUAGAGCUGUGUUUGGGGGGCAACACGUUCAGCCACACACGGAGCGCACAAUGGAUUUCAAUCAUUACCGAUAAAACUCUAGCGAGAUUAAAUAAACUGAACAAACCCUUCAAAUAUAUCGUGCGAAUUACCAUUACCCAGAAAAACGGAGCGGGCAUUCACACGGCGGCAGCAUAUUACUGGGAUACCGCAACUGAUGGUAGUUGCACCGUGCGUUGGGAGAACAAGUACAUGUACUGCAUUGUCAAUAUUUGGGGCCUUGCCCUUCAGCUUUAG